GGGUCAAUCGUGAACGAAUCUCCGCGGCGAGUAGAUCAGUAUCUUCUUCGGCCGAUGAAAUUUUCUAUAGUGAAAAGUGCAAGACACAAUGUCGGAAGAGUCUGAAGACAUGAUUACACAGGGCAACCAUAAUUUCAGCAAUCAAUUCACCAAAGCGAUUUAUGGACUGCGUUACGUUAUGAUUUAUUUGGGAGUUUGGCCAGGACAAAAAUAUCAAAACUGGUACCGUUUCAUCUGGUUUUUUCAUUCGGCGAGUUUGAUAUUUCUAGCUACUGGUUCAGUAGGUGGUCUCGUCAUGCUCAGACACGACGUGAAUAAACUCAUCAACAACUUAAGUAUGUCAAGUCCAAUGAUACUCAUUUUCUGUAAGUGGCUUACAUUUUCUUCGCGUAAGAAACUGUGCGAAAAGCUUAUGCGAUCCAUGGACGAAGAUUGGGUCAAGUUGAGAAAAGGUACUUUGAUUUAUAAAAGUGUGCCGGAGUCUCAACGAAUAAUCACCAAUCAUUAUCAAGCUUCGAAUGCUUUCGUCUACACCUUUUUGAUCGUAGCUACGAUUGCAACCAUUAAUUUUGCGACUGAUUCCCUUCUUUCUCUAAACCAUCGCGGCAACAAUACUGAUCAGUAUAACCUCUUGCCAAUGCCAUACAGCUGGUAUCCUGUCGAUUACAACCGAUCAGUUUAUAUUAUUCAGUUCUUGGUCGUCGCUCAAAUAAUUAGUAUGGUAGCAACAUUUCUGGCAACAACUGCAAUAGAUGGCUUCUUCGUUACUGCGAUUCUCCACGUGAGCAGUCAACUCAAGAUUCUGAAACAUUUCGUUAAAGGAAUCACUUAUGAACCGUCACACCCUGAACAUCACAAGACGCAGAUUAGAGAAAUGGUAAAACGUCAUCAGGUGCUGUUGAACGUAGCUGCCACGCUGCAAGACUGUUACAGUCUCAUUGCUCUGCAGCAUGUAAUGGCAUGUAUGUUUGCUCUUUGCUUCCUUGAGUAUUCAUUUCUCAUGGAACUACAAGAAAACGGACCGAGCAAAACAGUUCUCUUAAAGUUUGGACUUUUCGUUAUCGGAUCACUGGAGACUGCCUUUAUCUAUUGUUUUGCCGGUGAUUCGUUGACCAAUCAAGGUUUUGCUCUCGGAUUGGCGAUCUACAGUUGUAAAUGGUACAAUUUCGAAAGAUCCAUAAAUCUCUCAUUGUCAAUAAUAAUUAUGAGAGCACAGAAGCCGAUUGAGAUUAGCGCUGUCCAGUUUUUUCCACUGACGUUAGAAAAUUUCACAGUCAUAGUCAAGGUAGCUGCAUCAUAUCUUUCUACUCUACGAGCUUACAGUAUGGCGGAUGCUUAGAGAAAUCUCAGCCAUUCAAUGAAUGCAGGACAAAAGAAAACUAAUGGGAACACCGAUUGAGCAAGCUGCAGAAUAAAUUAAGUAGAAUAUGGAAUGCAGAAAACACGUGCAUCUAUUGAG